CACGCCCCUUCCGGCAGAGGCCCCACCCCUCGCGCGCACGGCGCGGCCCCGCCCCGCCACGAGCUCGGCGUCCGGUCUCCUCAGCGCUCGCCGGCGGCCGCGUCCGCCCCCGACGCUCUGAGGUCACCGACGGGGCCGGCCUGCGGGGGGCGGAGGGACGGAGGGAAGAUGGCGGCAGGGGCCGGAUAUUGGCGCCGCCUCCCCCAAUCCCGGAGCCGGCGCAGAUGAGGCGGCUCGGCUGGGGCCAGCGGCGCUUUGGAAGCCGAGCCGGGGGGACCCUGGCGGUGGGGCCUGGCCCUGCUGGAUGCCGGCGCCUCGGCUAGAGUGAGCGGCGGCGGCGGCGACGCCUCUUUCCUCGGGCUCUUCCCCUGUAGCCGAGAGUGCGAGCGGGAGGCCGGGAUGGAGGACGUUAACUCCAACGUGAACGCGGACCAGGAGGUGCGGAAGCUGCAGGAGCUGGUGAAGAAGCUGGAGAAGCAGAACGAACAGCUGAGGAGCCGCUCGGGGGCCGUGCAGGGCGCGGGCUCCCUCGGGCCCGGCAGCCCGGUUCGGGCCGGCGCGUCCGCUCCCUCCUCCGGCGCGGCGUCCCCGCGGGGCUUCCCCUUGGGCCUGGGCGCCAAGUCGGGCUGCGGGGCCGGGGCGGGCCCGAGGCGCACGAGCAGCGAGGAGCUGCGGGACGCCACCUCCCUGCUGGCGGCGGGCGAGGGCGGCUUGCUGGACGAGGUGGAGCCGCUGCGGCCCGACGAGCUGGAGCGCCUGUCAGGCUGGGAGGAGGAGGAGGAGAGCUGGCUGUAUUCAUCACCAAAGAAAAAACUUACACCAAUGCAGAAAUCUGUUAGUCCAUUAGUUUGGUGCAGGCAAGUUUUGGAUUACCCAAGUCCUGAUGUUGAAUGUGCUAAAAAGUCUCUUAUCCACAAACUUGAUCAAACUAUGUCAGCUCUCAAGAGGCAGACUUUAUAUAAUAAUCCUUUCAACUCUAUGAGUUACACAAGUCCUUACAGUCCAAAUGCCAGUAGUCCAUACAGCAGUGGCUUCAAUUCUCCAUCCUCAACCCCAGUACGGCCUCCUAUAGUCAAACAGCUUAUACUUCCUGGAAAUUCAGGUAACUUGAAAAGCUCAUCAGACAGAAAUCCUCCGCUCAGUCCUCAGUCCUCUAUAGAUAGUGAGUUAAGUGCUUCAGAAUUAGAUGAAGAUUCAAUUGGAUCCAAUUAUAAGCUAAAUGAUGUAACCGAUGUGCAGAUUCUAGCCCGGAUGCAGGAAGAAAGUCUCCGGCAAGAAUAUGCAGCUACCACAUCUCGGCGCAGUUCUGGUUCAUCUUGCAAUUCUACAAGACGGGGUACUUUUAGUGAUCAGGAACUUGAUGCACAAAGUUUAGAUGAUGAAGAUGACAAUAUGCAUCAUGCAGUAUACCCUGCUGUUAACAGGUUUUCACCAUCACCACGCAAUUCACCUCGACCGUCACCUAAGCAGUCACCCAGAAAUUCACCUCGUUCCCGGUCUCCUGCUCGGGGAAUAGAAUAUAGUAGAGUGUCCCCACAGCCCAUGAUUAGCCGCUUACAGCAGCCGCGCCUUUCACUUCAGGGGCAUCCCACGGAUUUACAGACAAGCAGUGUUAAAAAUGAAGAAAAACUAAGACGCAGUCUUCCAAACCUGUCCCGAACAUCCAGCACACAAGUUGACUCAGUGAAAAGCAGCAGAAGUGACUCAAAUUUUCAAGUGCCAAAUGGAGGAAUACCUCGCAUGCAACCUCAGGCUUCAGCCAUACCUUCUCCUGGCAAAUUCCGCUCCCCUGCAGCACCAUCUCCUUUGGCUCUCCGGCAACCAAUGAAAGCAUUUAGUAACCAUGGCUCUGGUUCUCCUGGUAGCCAAGAAACAACACAGCUCACACAAACCACCUCCUCACCUGGGCCUCCCAUGGUUCAGAACACGGUCUCAGCAAAUCCUCCCAGCAAUAUCAACAGCACUACUCUAACAAGACCUGCAGGGACAACCCCCAUGAGAAGUGGCUUGCCCAGACCCAGUGCCCCUUCUGCUGGGGGCAUACCAGUGCCUCGCAGCAAACUUGCACAGCCUGUUCGCAGAUCCUUGCCAGCUCCUAAAACCUAUGGUAGCAUGAAAGAUGACAGUUGGAAAGAUGGCUGUUACUGACCAGCAGAGACAAGAAUGCAGAGGUCCACGGCUUCAUGGAUACCCCUUCACCAGGCUACAAACAACUUUUAUAUGCAGACUGUUCAGAUAAGACUCUUGGGAUUUAUAAAAUCCCAGCCCUCUCUGUCUUAAUUAGCACAAACUGGCAGAGAUCAUCAAACAGCACUUUAAUGACAUUUAACAUCAGAUGUGUUUGGUAAUCAUACAAUCACUCUCCAUGGAAUCACUUUUAGUUUUGUUUACUAGAAACUAAGUUGAUUUUUAAAUAUUUGACAGAGGCCAAUAUCUGGGCAUAUACCUAAUGGAUGCCAAAGAGAAAUGCCCAUUUGUAAAUGAGAGAAUACCUUUGUACACAAGAAAAUGGUGAACUCAAGCUAUCCAAAACUUCACAUUCAACCUAAUUUCCUGUAUAAAUAGUAUCAAUAAAUAUUUGUGUUAAAGAGAACUAAUAUUCUGACUAAUUAUCUAAACUAUUUCACUAGUGUUUCACUAGUACUCCAGGAAGCUAUAGAUUGAGAUUGGGGGGAAAGAGAGGAAGAAACCUGGACUAGAGAUUUAAAACGUGAUUCCUAAAUUUAGAAUUCCAUAAAUUAUUUUUGCAGAUUCAUUAGAAAAAUUACCGUUUUAUUUCUUCUUAAGUUUUGGAUGUAGCUCCCAUAUCACCACCACCAGAUAGUUACAGCGAGCAUCCGUCACGUCGCAUUGACACAUCAGACUUCUGCGUGUUUGUUUUGAUGGCCAAAAGGGCUUAAUAUCAGUUGUACAAUCUUUCUAGACUUUAUAGUUCCUGGCUCAGGAAAGAUGGCCUUUGCUAUUGAAGCCAACUUCUUCACAUGCUGUUAUCUGUUACAGAACUAAGAGAUCUUGUUUCUAUCAGCAGGUUUUCAUGAUAGGAAAGAGCAAGUACUGUGUAUCUUUAUUCUUGAUAUAUCAACACCUCAGUGCUUACAACCUGGAACAAAACCAUACAGUAAGAGAGAGGGGGGGAAAAAAUCUAUGCACUUAACCUACACAUCUCUAGUGAUGACAGUUGUAUUGUUGUUAUUAAAUGGUUAUAACGGUCUGUUAUGUGGUAGGAAAAUAUAGCCUGCUAAAUGCUACUUAAGUUGAUCUAUUUUAAACUGAAUAACUGCAUAAAACAUCUUUUGAAAAUACUGUCCCUUUUGACUUAGUUUCUGCCUUACAUCAAUUUUGCAUUUUUGGUAACAAACCAACAUAUAAUUCUAGCCUGUUAAAUACUUGCUCUCUAAUGGCUCAUAUAUAUAUCCUUAAAAUCACCUAUUUCAGUUUUAUCAAGACUAUUACCAGAUUAAAACUUCCUUCUGUAACAGGCUUCUCAUUUUUGAUAGUGAGGUCUGUUUUUAAAUACUUAAUUUGAACAAAGGUCUAAAAUAUUGGCAGUUGGGUCACCUAAAAGAUUUUAGAGAUUUGAACAUAAGUUCAUUUCCUGCUAAUUAAAGACAUUCCAUAAGUUGGCAAAAGAAAUUGAGAGAGAGAAAUGGAAGGUUUGAUAUUCAGGACAGCAUUCAGAUUGCUAGGUUGAGAGAAUGUUAGAAACUUUAACCAAGACUUUCAUUCUGCCUUGACUGACACCAUGGUAGUCUGUACAUUAGCUUGACCAGCGUGGAGGCUUUCAGUUAGCACAAGCAGCUGGAGAUUGAAACUGCCAGUACUAUGCAUUUGGUGUAUACUGCAAGAAAGAAAUUGUAUCCUUGAAUUUGAGGGUGAUGGGGCAGGUCAGGAAAGGAUGGUGCCAGAAUUCUAUGUGAUGAUGAAUUAAAAAAUGUUGCUUUUCAGAAGAAGAUAAAGAAAGCAUCAGCUCUGGGGAGGGGGUAUCUCAUGUAAAUCUAAGUAAGUAAAAGAUAGGACUAGCCACUGUCUCUUUUAAAAACCACAUAUACACAAAACAGGUCUCAGUUUUCAGUGCAACGUUUUAAAAAUAUAUAUGCUGCAAUCUAAGAAUUAAAAGGAAUUUUAAUAUUACGAAACACUCAUUACAUUUUUUAAGUUAGAUAAUCAGUUUCAAAAGAUAUUCAGGUUAUUUAACUUUGUUUUUAAAUGGCUGCAUCAGAAAAAACUUCUAUUUUUUUUUAAUUAAAAUAUUUCAUCACUUGUUAAAACAUUUAUUUUCGAUCUGAGUUUGGUAAAGUAUUAUUUUACAUGCUGUUGUACUACCACAGACUAUUGGCUUUUAGUUUCCUAAAGAGAAAAAUUGCCUUUUUACUAGAAAGCCUUUGUGUAUUGCCAAUUUUUCUGUUUGGGAAAAUCUAAGGAUUUACUGUGGUCAGUCUUACAGGAGAAAUGUAGAUUUGAUAAACUAGUGCCUAUGAUUUUAACUUAUGUUUGAUAUAUAGUAGUAAGGGUUUUACGAAUGUUGAUUAUUUUGUGCCAACAGCCCAGAAUUGUCACUUAUAUGUAAGCAGAAAACUAUGAACUCUGCUUCCAAAGUUAUUUAAUUUUCUCAGUGUUUGAAUGUUAUUUUUUGUAAGUGUGUUAAUAAAAGUGUAAAGAAUUGGAAAAAAAUAUAAAUAUUCUUAACUCAAGCAUUUGCUGGAUCAUUUUUCUACAGAACUUGUUUGUAUAAUAUAAAACACUUUCUGAAGAGUUGACUUUUUUCAGUUUUCAUAUCCUGGAAAUCACAUUUUGUAAAACUGGGGACCAUUCAUAAUUGCCAGAUACUUUUUAAAAUUAUCUCAAUACAUCACUUUUAUAGAAGCAGUUUUUUUGAAAGAAAAUUAAACACAUAUGUGGCCCCAGAUGUUUGUAUGACUCUAGAAUGAUCUAGAUAUGUAUGUUUAAAUUAACUUUUUAUUGAAUGUACAGGUGUCCAUUUUUGACAUUCGCAUGGUCCUUUUAGAUCACAUGAAGUUUGAUUUGCAAACGUUUCUAUAGCCGAACUUGUAUAUGUGGUUGCCUCCUUAAUAAACAGCCUGACCAUAA